GAAUAUUGCUUGCGUUCAAGAAAUUAUGAUCCAGGACAAUCCAGGAGAUCGAAAGUGAGAUAGUAGUAGUUUUGUAAACCCAACUUCUGCCACAUGUUAUUAGGCUAUAGUUUGACAAUUUCCAGGUUACCGUCGUGGCGAUAUUUCCCGUCAUUAACCUCGAUUGCGUUGACUGUGGAUUGUGCCACUGGCCACAAUGCUGUCGGUCACAUUCGCCAAAAUAAGCGAGACCAUUAACUCCCGCACAAUCCCCCCUCCGCUGAGGACGAUAACCCUUCCAACACUGUCUCUUCUCGACCAUCUACGCCUCUUGCUCAGGUUGGGCACAACCACACGCUUCUAGAACACGACAAGGGUCGAACGGCUGCCCUCGCCAAAGUAGAAAGUACUCCCCUCUCCCUCGGGAUUUCAGGCUGGGUAGAAAACAACCACACCAGGGACGAAGUACGCGGACCGCUUAGGAAGGACAUGGAUGAAUCUACUGAACGUUUGCCACUGGAAUUAUGGGUGUCCACCGUACUCGGUUGCCCUGUCGAUAGGAUUCAGUCAUGGGUCGAUAUUUUCAACAAGGAAAGGCUAUGCGAAGAUGGCACAAUAGGUACAUCCGUGCAAGCACAUCUACAUGCAGCAAACAACGAGCGUGAGGAGGCGCUUUACCAACCGUUCUGUGUAAUGGCCAACCGGGUUCUCGCGUGGGCACGGGAUCACGUCCCCGGCCUUCCAGCCUACCCGGACCUACUCUUUGUUCGGAACGAUCCUGUAGUGGUAGACAACGGUCGCGAAGAAAAGGGUAACCGCGAUGCUGAUCGCAAACCUGAUAUAAUUCUCAUUUCGCACACCACUUGUAACGACUUGGAGAAUCGUCCGAGGUAUCAACAGACUCCUCCCCGCAAAAGACACAGGACAACUGGCGUUGAUUGGAGCGAUAUAUUUUCCCUCCUGGAACUCAAGCCCUUCCCGACUAGCCGCAGAGCGGCAUACCUGGUCGGCCUUAUUGCUGCAUGGAGUAGCAAGGUCCGUGGGGAAGAACCGUUACCUGAGCCCUCACCCGUAGCUUCAGGUUCACGACCUCAAAGACCAACUCCAUCAUCUCUCCAAUCACCAGGUGUGCCGUUGCUCUCUGAGCCGGGAACGAGCUCAAAUCGUUUGAAACGUAAGCCUGAACCAUUCGUAACCGAAGGCGCAAACCAAAGCAGGAAACGUCCACGCGCAAAACGCAACUAUUUGCCUGAAAUAUACGAGAGUGACCAUUUCUUGUCCGAGAAAUGCUCGGUCGCUAAAGAAUUUGAAGAUCACAUGGCUCGCUACGCUCUAGAGAUGCUUUCUUGCACUCGCGGGACCCGAUUGUUCUUUCUCCAAUGUCUGGUUGUUGGCGAUGUCGUUGAGUUCUGGUAUUGCGUUGCUUCGGGCUUCGUGCGCUCCUACCAAAUAUCCUGGGUACGGGAAUUCGAAAAGUUUGCCGCCAUCCUCGUUGCAAUAGCUUGCUGUGACUACGCCCACUUCGGCCUCGACAUUCCCAACUUGUCUCCUCCGGCUCCAGAUCUCAGUCCUUCCAUUCCACCGAUGUCCCUCACUGGAUAUUCCACCACAAUGAGACACCCUACCCUUGAUAUUGACGUCAAGGUCACGCUGGGAUCUGAAGUCUUCACGCAGUACAGCCUAGUCGGCCGUCACACAUGCGUGUAUGAUGUUACGACAGAACCUCCCAUCAGUCCUGACCCUCUUGUCAUAAAGAUGUCCCUGCAGUCUGUCUGUCGUACACCUGAGCAGGAACUGUUGGCUCUCGCUGACGGCUUUCCCGUAUCGGAACAUCUUCCGAAAGCUUUCAUGUGGACUAAUAGAGCAACUGAAUGGCGUCUAGCCCACGGUGUUCGAGGACUAAUGUUCUUGCAGAACGACGAAGACGAGGCCUACGAGGAACGCUGCCAGCAUUUCAUCAUCUUCAAGAAAUACAAGCCGAUUGAACUAGUCCUCUCUCCAUGUAAUAUGGACCACGUCUUCAACCAGUUACUUGAUUGUCUUCAUAAGUUGCGAUAUGAAGUCAAUAUGCUUCACCAUGAUAUCAGUCUAAGCAAUCUCAUGUAUGAGAUGCGUGGCACUGUCGUGUGGCUUAUUCUCAACGACUUUGACCUGGCCACACGUCUCGAUGAACAUGGACGUCCAUUGGGUGCAACUGGGUCUCAUCGCACGGGAACUCUACCCUUCAUGUCUGUGGAUCUACUUGAACGCCCAGAAACGCCGCAUUUUUUACGUCAUGACCUCGAAAGUACUUUUUUCGUCGCUCUAUGGUGUGCCAUAAGGCUUCCAUCUGGACAAAAGUCGGACCCCUCAAGAAGAGACAUUCUUCUCUCCUGGGAACAACACGGAUUAGAUACCAUUCUGAACUCCAAAACACAACUCUACGCCAGUCACAACAGUUUUGCUAGAUUUGUACCCGGAAAGAUUCCUUUCAGCCCAGGUUUCUCUCGGUACGAAAGGUGGCUCGGCAGAUUCUGGUCGGUGCUAUUCGAGGGAUACAUGGCACUGGGCAUUCAUCAAAAGAGAAUCUCAGACAUCCUCACAGACCUGCGUGGAGACGACAUAACCAAGGAAGAGGCCGAACAAGAAAUCAAAGCAAUCAUAUUCGACGCAGAAACUUUUGACGGGAAGAUCACCUAUGCCAGAAUUAAGGCUGCGUUGAGCCUUUGCAAAGGACGGUUGGCGGAACGCAUUCCAGACUUCGUCGGCUCUGCCUAGCAAACAUCGUCUUGCUCCUGACGAGUACAGGGAAGGAGGAGACGAUGAGUUCAAGAGACGUCCGCGGUUCCAAGCAGGACGAGAAAUGUCAGUAUAGGCCCUGUCGUUUUGGAUUCAGUUGUAACUUAGCUAGGAUGGGUAGUACUCGAUCUUUAUCUAUAUAUGUAUCAUGUUGCGUAGCCCUACGGGCAGACCUGGUCACCCAGGUUCAAAACUUUUCUAUGCCUUUUAUCAGUUUCUGAUACUUAUUUUGUACAUUUACCUACUCGACUGCGAGUCCGAGUCGCUUGCCAAGCAUUCAGAUAAGUAGACUGAAGUUGACAUGUAUGUACGGUUUGGCAUGUACACGAGUAUGUCUUUCCCUUAACAUCCCUAGAAGGAAUCAACUC